AUGCCCCAGGCAGUCCAAAAUGCCCGAAAGGACUGGUUUAUGUCGCCGUUCUCGGGGAUUGACCGCCUCCAACUCGAUCCUGAUCCGGAGUACAAUCGCCAUCCAAAAGCAAGACCUUUGAAGAACAACUGGUCAGAUCAGAACGUCCGACUGGCUUGGGCUCGAGACUGGUAUCGCUCGCUUUUGGGAAAUUCCGAUUUUUACCUUACCGGCAUCUAUCUGAAUUCUAAGGAUGCAGACCCGAAACUUGUGACAUCAGCAAGCCGGACGGAUCACAAGUGGACGCAGAACUGGGCACAAUUUGAGCAGCAAGGGUGGGGGCUCUGGCCAUUAUAUCAAGGAUUCUCCGACACUACACAAGAGUAUGUCAAAAUUCCGAAGGACUGGGAAGCAACUAAAGUUCAACGUGGUAUCGCCGCAGCCAAACAUAUCGCAGCGAUCGUGUCAAGCCUACCUGGGGACAACACAGGAAUGGUUGUCUAUAUCGACAACGAAUAUGGUCCGACAAAGAUCCUGAUGCCAUAUUACAAGGCAUUGUUCGCUGAACUCCAAGCCACUCAACCGAGUGGCCGGCUGCCUCUGAGAGCUGGAUUGUACAUUCGAGCUGGAAAUCUCAACGAUGUUCUUUCAGAGCUUCCGGAUCUGUACAUUUGGCUUAUCGAAACUCGAGACGGAGAUUUGCCCAAUGUGAAAGGAGACAAGGCCUAUCCCAAUCCUAUUGAGCCAAAACAAAGUAGCUCUUCGUCGAACUAUCAGCGCUUUAUGAGCGAAAGGUACCCGAUCGUGCUUCGAAAGUCUCUUUUUCUCCCUGUUGGACGUCAAUGCACAUUAACAGGUAAAACUAGCGGCUACACGGACUCAUUAAUAGCCAGUGUGGGGGAGGGUAUCCCAGGGACGGUCUCCCAAUUCGACUUCAAUGUCAGCCUCGUACGUGACCCUCGGUAUCCGCAGGCGGAUCCUCGUUUUGCCUCCCUUGGCCCUAGCCAGAUUGUGUAUAGUAGUUUCGAGAAGUCAGGUGUCAAGACCGCUGAGGCUGGAGUGCAAGUCAUUCCUAUGCAGAAAAUCGAGCCCGAAGCUCCGCUUGUCGUCGUGGACCAGGAGUUGUAUUCAAUUGCGCAGGAUGGAAGCAUCUUCAUGAGCGUCAAGCGCGAGAUCACUCACGAUCCAUUGCAGACCAUUAGUCUGUGGUCUACGCCAUCAAUUGUGGUUCCGAAAGGAGAUCUUCGACGCAUGCGUAGCUUCAAUGUUAUCAGAACCUCGCCGACAGAAACGCUGCUGUUCUACUUGUCAAACAGAAACAAGAUCCAGGCGUACAAACGAGUCCAAAAAAAGUCCUCAGAUGUAGAUGCCCAGUGGGCAAAGUCAGACACACUUGGAGACUUACAUCCAUUCACAAAUCUGAAUGUUGUACUCUUCAAGAAUAAGAUCUAUCUAUUCUUUAUGCAAGUCAUUCUCGGCGAGUCGACUGAAGCAUCUCUGUGCUUUAUCCAGUGGCAGGGCUCUGCUGGACAGCAGAUUAGCAGAGCGCUGAAAGAAAGUGCGAUCGUGGCCAUGGCAUCGACGAAUUAUCUGCUUGUGUUCUUCCUUGGCAAAGAUUGCCAGCUGUCGUUCACUUACGCAAUCGAAGAUCCCAGAUCAGGAGACCUUAAAUGGAGUCCAGUCAUCACUACUGCGGCUCUGAGAACAAGCAUAAAGCUGCAUCCUCACACACGAAUAGCGGCGUGCGAGAUGACACCGCUACUUGUCAAGGUCGCUUUCAUGAGUAGUGACGGGAUACCCAGCGUCUGUGAUGUCCUCUUCAUCCCAGGGAUCCCAGCGUGGGCGUUCUCCUCCUGUAAGCAAUAUUUUCGCAAUGAGAACAAGCGAACCCUCGGAAGCAGGGGGCCAGCAAAAGGAUUCGUCGCGGCAAUUGGGUGGACCAUUAACCUUUACGGAGACAUCGCGUUAAUCAAGGAUGGUCAGAGCACACUGCUCUAUUGUGCUGGGGCCGCUCCAGACAAGCGAGGAAUUCUCCUGCGGCGUCUUGAAGAAGAUGAACCAUGGCUAAGACUUGUUGACCCAGAACAUGGCCUUCCGUAA